AUGAUGCGAGCUGCUUUGGUUCGAAGUUUUGGGAAAGCAGAUGUUAUUGAAAUUGUGAAUGAUGUACAAAUUCCGAGUUUGAAGCCGAAUCAGGUGAGAUUUUUAUAUGGAAUGGGAUUUAGCGGAACUUUGAACCGGAUAACGAAGAAUUUAGAGUUUAUAAACUAAAACUUAAGAAAAACCUUUAAAAAAAAGGGAAUUUUUCAAAAUUUCUGUAGGAAAAGAGUUUAGUUUCAAACUUUUUGAAAUUCAAGAGUUCUGUCACAUGUGAAAUUAUCAAAAAACAACCAAAAAUUGGAAAGAUACCGAAAUUUUCCUGAAAAAUUAUCGACAAUUUUUGAAAGGACAUAACUUACAACCUGAUUGAAAAUGUUAUUAAAAUUAGAAAUUCCCGGAUGCUUUGGGAAACAAAUUACAAAGCGUGAACUAGAAAUAAUGUACACGUCUAUCGAAAAAAUUGCUAAAAUUUAAAUUUUUAAAUUUCAGAUUCUGGUAAACAACAAAGCAGCCGGCGUAAAUCCAGUGGACACUUAUAUUCGAAGUGGAUUAUACGCAAAAUUACCGCAACUUCCCUAUACACCAGGAAAAGAUGGAGCCGGAAUUGUGAAAGAGGUAGGAAAAAAGGAAAAAUCCUCAUUGGAAUUGAUAAAAUGAUAAAUAGUUUUCAGAUCGGCAGCGAUGUGAAAAAUAAUCUCAAAAUCGGCGAUCGUGUUUGGUAUGGAAUGUUGACAAACGGCGGAUCAACGGCUCAAUUCACAGCGGCAGAUGUUGUAUUCAAACUCCCAGAUGGUAUGAUGAUUGUUAUUUGUAAUUAUUCAUUUAUGUCAGGCAGGGACCCUCUGUGUGAGAUAAUAUAGACAGAGAGACAGUGAUUAAAAGGAUCAUAGGAAAUAUUUAUGUUAUGCAAUCAUAUUUGAUUGAAAUUGGAAAAAAAUUUGAAAGGGUUUAGGAGAAAACUCAUCAAAUCGAAAAAUAAAACAUAUUUAAGUGAAUCCAAUGUUUCGAUUAAAUAAAAAUGAUGACAGAUGGCCGAGUUUUUCUCGUGUUUCAAGUGUAUUCGCGCUAAUUUGCAUUGUUCGGGGAGGCGAACUUGGAAGAAGAAGAAAUGAGCAGAAUUUACAUGAUGAAACUUGUUAGUAUUGAUUUGGUUUGGGUGGAAAUGGGAAUUUUAUUGAAUUAUAGAUGCACAAUUUUUGAUGAUAAAUGCAGUUUUAUUCGAAAUCUGACUAGGCCUAUGAUCUUUUUAGCUUAAAAACUGAAAGAUAAAGCCAAUUUUAAUUUUUUUAGAUUUGAAAAUCUCAUGAUUCAAUUCAUUUUUGAAUAAAAGACAAAAAUAGACAAACAGGUCCGAAAAAUAAGCUGUGCGAAAUUAUCCAGUAAAAAACUGUACAUUUAAAAAUUUUCCAAGGGAAACAUGUUGGUUUCGUUAGUAAAAAUUUCCUUAAAAAACCAAAUUUCACACUUCGAAACUUUUUUUUAGGACAGCUGCAGCCCAGGUGUGAAUUUUGAAAAUGUAUUUUUUUUUGAAAUUCCGAUUUAUGUAUUCGAAAUCGUUUCAAGACCCAAAAAACAUUAUCCAUGCUCCUUUAAUUGUUAUGAAUCAUCAAGAAGUCAAGUUUUAAAGGAACAUGGAUUCUUCAAAGCUUGUGACUCGUUUUUAUUUUGCUAACAAAAAUGCCGAAACUAUUCUUAUUAAGAUCAAAGGUCCUAUUUCUCCAAAACAAAAAAAUUUCGAAACGUAAAUCUCCCUGGUAUUUAAUUAUCUCAAAAGUCCCCUUCUAACAUGAUAUCAAUAUUUUCCGGUAAUCAGCCGCCCCAAACAAAGAAAUGACGCAAUCUCGUCAAAUUUCCGGCCAAAAAUCCUAUUUUCUUUAGAUGUCACAUUCGAGCAAGGUGCUGCAUUGGGUGUACCAUAUAUGACAGCUUAUAGAGCACUUUUCACAUUGGCAAGAGCAAAGGUGAGAAAUACGUUUCAAAAUAUUAUUUUGAGGAGAAUUGGAUUUGAAAUCACUUUCUGUUUAUCACAUUCUUGGGCAAAAACUUCUACACACAUGAAGCUUUACGAUUAAACUAACUAAUUUUGGAGAUACAAAAAGUCUUACAAAACAAUAUCUGAUAAAUUUUCAGACUGGUGACACGAUUCUAGUUCACGGUGCUUCUGGCGGAGUUGGCUCGGCUAUAGUUCAAUUCGCUAAAUGGAAAAAUAUAAAAGUAAUCGGAACCGCCGGGACUGAAACCGGUUUAGAAUAUGUUAAACAACUCGGAGCUGAAAACGCCUACAAUCAUCGAAAAACCGGAUAUAUCGAAGAAAUCAAGAAAAACUAUCCGAACGGUUUCAAUUUCAUAUUCGAAAUGGCGGCGCACAUCAAUCUCAAUAAUGAUUUAUCUUUAUUAUCAGCAGGUGGAAAAGUUGCUGUGAUUGGAAAUCGAGCGGAAACCACAAUCAAUGCGCGACAAUUAAUGGCUGGAGAAACUUCGAUUUUCGGUGUCGCCCUUGGACUCUCAACUUCUGAAGAAUAUUCGGAAUAUGGAAAAGAAAUUGGGAGAUUUUUAAGUGAGACGAAAUCUCGACCAAGUAUUGCCAAAGCUUAUAAAUUCGAAGAAAUUUCAAAGGCGCAUACGGAUAUUUUAGAAAAUCAAGGAGCUCAUGGACAAAUUGUCGUCAAUAUUGUUUGA